AUGCAUCAGUACGAUAGAAUUGUCGAAGAUGAUUACCAUAAUGUAUCAACUUCUACAUAUAAAUCACAAAUCGGGCCACGAACAACAAAUGUUCAACGACCAAGAAACAUGGCUGCCAAUUCGGGCGUCAUGACACGAAUAUUUCAGUCGUAUUCUUCGCAUGGCAGCGGUGCUGGAGUAGGUGGUUUCGGUGGCGGACUGGCAGGCUUAGCUGGUAUUGGUGGUUCGUCCGGGAUACCGAUGAGACCGGGACGCGGCGGAUCGGCAUUGGUUGGCGUCAAUGAAACACGUGUACGCGAAAAGCGCGACUUAGAACAACUGAAUGAUAAAUUUGCUCAAUACUUGGAGAAAGUUCGAUUUUUGGAAGCACAAAAUCGGAAACUACAAUUGGAACUCGAAGCCAUCCAAAGUCGAGCUGGACAAGGCUCAUCAAAAAUCAAAGAAAUGUAUGAAAUUGAAAUGAAUCAAGCGAGAAAUCUCAUCGACGAUACAGGAAGGGAUCGUGCAGCAGCCGAAGUCAAAGCACAGAAAGCAGAACAAGAAGCUGGACGGUAUAGACAGCGAUAUGAUGAAGUUGUGAACUUACGAAACACCGAUCGAUCAAAUGUUGAUCGUCUCCAACAACAAAUCGCUGAGAACGAAGCACAAAUCAAUUUAUUUCGUCGUCGAUUAGGCGACUUGGAUGAUGAAGCUAGACGGUAUAAGGCUGAAGCACAGCGUCUAACGUCAGAAAUAGCUCGUCUACAAAACGAUAUUCAGAAUGAAACAUUUCUGAAAUCAACGUUGGAUACAGAAAAACUGGCACUUGAAGAUGAACUGACAAUGUUGAAACAAAUGCACGAAUCCGAUCUGAAUGAAUUACGCUCUAGGACCGUUGUCGAUGUUAGUCUCGAUCCAUCACACUUUUUCCGUAAUGAAUUAGCUCAAGCGAUUCGCGAUAUACGUAAUGAAUAUGAAGCAGCUAAUGAUCAACGACGAUCAGAACUACAUAAUCGUUACAUGGUGUCUUACAACGAGAUAGUCUCGCGCUAUACACCACGACAAGAACUCGACCCAAUCAGACAUGAACAUACACGAAUUCAAGAAGAAAAACUACGCACACAGUUGUUACAAACAAAAAAUGAAAUGGGCUACAUGAGAGCGAAAAAUGAAGAUUUGAAAAAUCGAAUAAAAGAAAUACAAUUGUACAUCGACCAAGAACGAGAUGGCGGUGGACGACAUCUUCAGAAAAAUGCGGCUGAUAUUGAAGAACUGAGACGUCGAUUAGAACAAUUGACGCGCGAAUAUGAAGAAGUGACAACAAUGAAAACGUCGUUAGAAAAAGAAAUCGGUACCUACCGACAGUUAUUAGAAGGCAAUGACGGUCUCCGUCCAAUUGUCGAUCAUGUUCUGGAAGAAGCGAGACGAAUGGAAACCGAAAGAAUGUCUAGAGCAAGUGAGAGUAGUGGAUAUCUAGGUUAUGGCGGUGGAGGUGGUGCGAGAGGUGGUAGUACAACGAUUCAACUCACACACAUGAGCACUAGUGGAUCUGGAGCGAGUUCGAGCUACGGAGGAUUGGGUGGUAUGCUAUCCGGAGGUGUUCGACCAUCUACGAACGCUUACAGCACGUUGAGCAGCGGUUUCGGAACGGGAAGAAGCGGUGAAGGUGCAGGUGCAACCGGAUCAGCAAGAUCCAGUUAUUCGACGACGUCGAGUGUUCGUCAAUAUUCAUCUGGUCAAGGUCAAUAUUGA